AUGAAGAGAAGUGAGAAGCCAGAAGGUUAUAGACAAAUGAGGCCUAAGACUUUUCCUGCCAGUAACUAUACUGGCAGCAGCCAGCAGAUGCUACAGGAAAUACGAGAGAGCCUCAGGAAUUUACCUAAACCAUCAGAUGCUGCUAAAGCUGAUCACAGCAUGGGCAAAAUGUUAUCUGAAGAUCCUAGACAAGGCCGAAAUCCCCCCAAAUUUGUAACAUAUCAUAAAGUUUUGCAGGAGAUAAGAAACUCACUUCUGCCUUUUGCAAACGAAACCACCUCAGCUGUCAAAGGAACAUCAGAAGUUAAUCGACAAAUGCUGCAAGACUUACAAGCUGCUGGCUUUGAUGAGGAUAUGGUUAUACAAGCUCUCAGACAAACUAACAGCCGUAGUAUAGAAGCUGCCAUUGAAUUUAUAAGUAAAAUGAGCUACCAGGAUCCUCGGCGGGAACAGAUGGUUGCAGCAGCUGCAAGACCUGUAAAUGCAAGUAUAAAACCACCAGGGACUGUACAGCAGUCAGUUAACCGCAAGCAGAGCUGGAAGGGUUCUAAGGAGUCCUUGGUUCCUCAGAGGCAUGGCCCUUCCCUGGGAGAUGGUGUAGUUUAUCGCUCAGAAAGUCCCAGCUCUCAGCCUGAAGUGGGAAGGCCAUUAUCUGGAUCUGGCAUUGCAGCAUUUGCUCAGGCUCAUCCUGGCAACGGACAAAGAGUGAAUCCCCCGCCUCUACCACAGAUAAGGAGUGUCACUCCUCCUCCUCCACCUCCUCGAGGACAGACACCCCCUCCAAGGGGAACUACUCCUCCACCUCCUUCCUGGGAAUCAAACUCUCAGACAAAGCGUUACUCUGGAAACAUGGAAUACGUGAUCUCCCGUAUUUCUCCAGUGCCACCUGGAGCAUGGCAGGAUGGUUAUCCACCUCCACCUAUGAAUCCUCCACCCAUAAAUUCUUCCACACAGGGUCAGAGAGGCAUGAGUGCUGUUCCCAUUGGCAGGCAACCAAUAAUCAUGCAGAGUUCUGCCAACAGCAAAUUUAGUUUUCCUUCAGGAAGAGCUGGAAUGCCAAAUGGCAAUUGUCAGGCAGAAUUCAUAGUUCACCAGAAUAUGGUGUCUAGCAACUCAGUGAGUCGCCAGCCACCUCCAUACCCCAUAAAUCCAACUAACAGGCAAAGUCCCACAGCACUACAGAUGCAGGCAGGAGGAGCUGUUCCUCCUUCAGCAUAUGCCAAUGGGAAUCUUCCUCAGGCAAUGAUGGUGCCAAAUAGGAAUAGUCACAACAUGGAACUUUACAAUACAAGUGUGGCUGGAAUACCUGCAUCCUGGUCACAGCCUUCCCCUGUGCAACCACAGUCAUCACCUGGCAAUGGGCAUGAGGUGCCUACAUGGCAACCCAGUGUUCCUGUGCGGUCAAAUUCUUUCAACAACCAUCAUGGAAACAGGCAGAGUCACUCCAGCAGCUCUCAGCCUUCAGCUACAACAGUAACAGCUAUAACACCAGCUCCCAUUCAGCAACCAGUGAAGAGCAUGCGUGUGUUAAAACCAGAGCUACAGACUGCCUUAGCGCCCACUCACCCUUCCUGGAUGCCACAACCAGUGCAAACCAUUCAAACCAUUCCCUUCUCUGAGAGUCCGUCUGCAAAUGUGACAGUUAUGUCUCCUGUUGCAGAGGCUCCAAAUUACCAGGGUCCCCCACCACCUUAUCCAAAACACUUGUUACACCAGAAUCCCUCAGUAAAUCUAUAUGAGACAGGAGCCAAGCUCAACAAGGAAGAACCUCCUAUUUUAUCCAAGGAGGAUGAGAUUGAAAAGAAUUAUGAAUGUGUUGAUUCAGCAGAUAAAGAAAAGAAACAGAUUACAACAUCACCUGUUCCUGUUAGAAAAAACAAGAAAGAUGAAGAAAGAAGAGAGUCUCGCAUUCAAAGCUAUUCCCCUCAGGCCUUUAAAUUCUUCAUGGAGCAGCACGUGGAAAAUAUACUCAAGUCACAUCAGCAGCGUUUACAUCGGAAAAAACAACUAGAGAAUGAAAUGAUGCGGGUUGGACUGUCACCAGAAGCCAGAGAUCAAAUGAGGAAAAUGUUGUGUCAGAAAGAGUCAAAUUAUAUUCGGCUAAGAAGAGCUAAAAUGGACAAGUCAAUGUUUGUAAAAAUAAAAACCCUAGGAGUUGGUGCAUUUGGAGAAGUUUGCCUAGCAAGAAAAGUGGAUACUAAUGCUUUAUAUGCAACAAAAACUCUGAGGAAAAAAGAUGUAUUGCUUAGAAAUCAAGUUGCUCAUGUUAAAGCUGAGCGGGAUAUCCUUGCAGAAGCUGAUAACGAAUGGGUGGUUCGCCUGUACUAUUCAUUCCAAGAUAAGGACAAUUUGUACUUUGUAAUGGACUACAUUCCAGGAGGUGAUAUGAUGAGUCUCCUAAUUAGAAUGGGUGUCUUUCCAGAAAAUCUGGCACGGUUCUACACAGCAGAACUGACCUGCGCAGUUGAAAGUGUUCAUAAAAUGGGCUUCAUCCACAGGGAUAUUAAACCUGAUAAUAUCUUGAUAGACCGCGAUGGUCAUAUUAAAUUGACUGACUUCGGGCUCUGUACAGGUUUUCGAUGGACCCAUGAUUCAAAAUACUACCAGAGUGGUGAUCACGUGCGGCAGGACAGCAUGGAUUUCAGCAGCGAGUGGGGAGACCCAGCAAACUGCAGGUGUGGAGACCGGCUGAAGCCGCUGGAGCGCAGGGCGGCGCGGCAGCAUCAGCGCUGCCUGGCCCACUCCCUGGUUGGCACUCCCAACUACAUUGCACCUGAAGUGUUGUUACGAACAGGUUACACGCAGCUGUGUGACUGGUGGAGUGUUGGAGUGAUUCUCUUUGAAAUGUUAGUGGGGCAGCCCCCAUUCCUGGCACAAACACCACUGGAAACACAAAUGAAGGUUAUCAACUGGCAAACUGCACUUCAUAUUCCACCUCAAGCUAAACUGACUCCAGAGGCCUCUGACCUUAUUAUCAAACUCUGCCGAGGGCCAGAAGAUCGUUUAGGCAAAAACGGUGCAGAUGAAAUAAAAGCUCAUCCAUUUUUUAAAACAAUUGAUUUUUCAAGCGACCUGCGGCGGCAGUCUGCUUUCUACAUUCCCAAAAUUGCUCAUCCUACAGACACGUCAAACUUUGAUCCUGUUGAUCCAGAUAAAUUGUGGAGUGAUGAUGAUAAGGAAGGGAACAGAAAUGAUACACUUAAUGGGUGGUACAAAAAUGGAAAACAUCCUGAACAUGCUUUUUAUGAGUUCACCUUCCGGAGGUUUUUUGAUGACAAUGGGUACCCUUACAACAAUCCAAAGCCCAUUGAGUAUGAGUAUAGUAAUUCCCAAAACUUGGAACAGCAGUCAGAUGAUGAUGAUGAUGAUGAACAGGCAGGUAGAGGAAUUCAAAAUAGAGACCUGGUUUACGUUUAGUAGAGAAAUAA